CAUGAUUUGGAUCUAAAUGGUUAUCCGGACUUAUUAGUUGGCGCUUAUGAAAGCGAUGCCGUUUUGCUGUUCAGGUCGAGACCUAUUAUAGAUAUUCAAACUUCAGUUACGGGAGAAUUAAGUCAAAUCGAUCCCAACAAGGAAGGCUGUCGGGAUGAUCUCUAUUCCAAAUUAGUUUGCUUUUCAUUUAACGCUUGUUUUAAAUUUAAUACAACUUUGAGGUCGACUUUCACAUCAUUUUUAAAACUCCAUUAUCGCAUUGAAGCCGAAACAUACACUGGUAAAAAAUAUUAUAGAGUCAAAUUUGGUCAGUCGGCCGACUCAGACACGCCUAAUAUAGUUGAACGCGAUAUUACUAUAAGAGGUGUGAGUGAUCUGCAGAGUGAGCACUGUUCCAAAGAAAUAGUUUAUCUUAAAGACAAAUCCGAUAUUCAAAACCCUGUGAUGUUUGAGUUGACGUAUUCACUCAUUCAAACAAAGCCGCGAAUGCCAACCGACGGCGAAACACUUCCAGACCUUAAUAAAUACCCGAUUCUUAAUCAAGAGGAGGCACACCGGGUGUUUGAAGCCCGGUUUCUUAAAGAAUGCGGUUCCGAUGAGAUCUGCGAAAGCGAUUUGAGAGUAGAGGCGGAUCUGACCACUAAAAGGAGAGACGGCACCAACACUUAUAUGUUAUAUUUGGGUGAAGAGCACCUGAGUCUUAAUGUUCGGGUAAUAAACAAAGAAGAGCCCGCAUAUGACGCCAGUGUUUACAUAACACAUCCUUCAAGCCUUAGUUACGUCGGCCGCAAAAUUACAAAAGGGGACCAAUUGGACUGCAGUCCAAGCAAUAGGACGACCUUAAAGUGCGAUUUGGGAAACCCUUUCAAUCGGGGAAACGUGGAAUUCCAGCUCAGAUUUAAUCCGUUGGGUCUUUCAGACGCAGAAACUAGUCUUCAAAUUCAAAUCCUGACGACAACGACAAGUGCUGACAAGUCAGUGAACGACGAUUUAGUGACACUCACUGCAGAAGUCAUUCGUAACGCAGAAUUGGAAUUAAGCGGCAAUUCUGAAGAGCAGGCCGUCAGAUAUGGCGGUGAAAUCAAAGGCGAAGCGGCCAUUAAAUUUGAGGACGAAAUCGGAAGUAGAGUUUUCCAUAAGUAUAUCGUGAGAAAUGCCGGCCCCUGGAAGGCCUCUCGUAUUGAUGUGAACAUCUCGUGGCCCUAUCAGGUCGAGAACGGCAGAGAACAUGGAAAAUGGUUACUCUACUUGACUGGUGUACCUCAAGUGACUGGACAGGGAGGUAAAGGCUAUUGUCUGAUGGGUCCAGAACAAGUCAAUCCACUCGACUUCGACAAAAUGCCCGAAAAUCGCGGCACAAAGACUCGUAGAAAGCGAGAGAUGGUUGUCCUGCCCCGGGAGGUGAGAACGUCUGACGGAAGCAUUCAGAAUGUGGUGACAAUGAGUUGUGGUUCGGGCGCCCGAUGUUUCAACUUCACGUGUGUUGUACUCGAUUUAGCCGCCAAUCAAACAGCGGUGAUCCGAAUCGCAUCGCGUCUGUGGAACGCCACUCUUGUGGAGGACUAUGCGUUUGGUGUGAAUUAUGUGGUCAUCAAAUCCAACGCUGAGAUACGUUUGGAUCCAACGCUUAAUAUUCAACAGAACAGACACAACGACUUCUUCUCCGUGGAGACCAAAGCCAUACCUGAUGUGACAUUACUGUUGCCCCGAGAGGUCAGCUGGUGGUGGCUCAUCAUAGCCGUCCUCCUCGGCCUCAUUUUAUUAGCACUUCUUAUACUCAUUCUCUAUAAGGUUGGAUUUUUCAAACGAAAAAAGCCCGGAUAUAUGGCCGCCAACACCGAUGACAAGGACUAACCGGUCUUCCAUUGAUCACCACUAAUGAAUGACAGCUAUAAUCAUUUCAUUUGUUAUCAAUUAAAUCAUUAAUUCUUUUUAAAUCAAAAAUAUAUUAAAAGCAAAAUUUGUUAUUAUUAUUACAUAAAUUAAUUUUAACUUAAAAUCAAAAUAUUUUUUGAAUAAAAAUCUAAACUUAAUUUUAUUUUAAAUA